AUGGAGAUACGGCUUCAGCCAAACCAGGAGUUCAGAAUUGAAGUCAACGAGACUCAGAAACUGAAAGUGAUGGUUGUGUCGGGCCUCGCAGAGAUCAAGGGGCAGGAGCUUCUUAACGAAAGGUGGUAUGCAUUCAGGAACACAAAGACAUUCAUAUUCACGUUUUCUGGGUGCAAACUCAAGGUCGAGGGUGCCUGCGAUCUCCAGUAUGUGUCCGACACAACGAAUGUCCCAUUGAUAUUCAACAUCCUCAGCUUCUUUUCCAAGAGGGGAUUUGACUACAGCAAGCUUAAGACAUUCAUGGUAGUGGGAAACGGGAGAUCUACGUUUUGCUUCACGCUAAUCAACUUCUUUGUGCGCCUGGGCAAGAAGGUGCUGUUCACAGAGGUGGAUCCGUCGAAGGGAAACAUAUUUCCUGGCGCCCUGAGCACAAUACAUGUGGAUGCCUUAAUAGACUGCAUUGAAGGGCUCCGGCUAAAGAAUCCCCUGUCCUUCUACUACGGAUCCACAGAGAUAACAAACAUGGAACUAUAUGACCUCCAGACAACCAAGCUGCAAGAAGCCAUAAAGGCCAAGAAUGUAGAGGACCUUCACCUGAUACUCUGUCCCGAAGGCACGUCUGCGUUUUAUAACACAUUAAUAAAGAGAUUUGAGGUUGAUAGAGUUGUUGUUGUGGGAGACGAAAGACUGUACCACUCAUUGGAUGUGAUAGCAGAGAAGCUGAUGAUAAACAGGAGCGGUUUUGUUGAAGAGAAAGAGGUCGGAAGAAGCAUAUCUAGGUACUUCAAGGGUGUCAAUAACGAGUACACACCCUUUACAUUCAACGUGAAGUACAAGUGGAGGGUUGUAAGGAUAGGAGAGAUGUAUGUUGCACCUGUUAGUGCCCUGCCGUUGGGAAGUACAAGGAAGGUUGGGUGUGUGGAGGCCUCAGACGUGGAGGUUGCUGAGAAUUCUGUUCUGGGGAUUUCCGAGGCUAGGGAGAUAGAGGAUGUUGCCGGGUCUCCCGUUCUUGGAUAUGUGGUUGUCAUCAAUGCAGGUGCAUUCAAGAUACUGUGUACCCAGCCGAGGCUUCCGAAAUACACCUUCCUGGUCCAGGGGGAUCUUAAGCAUGUCGAGUAUUAG